CCGCUUGUCAAGUCAAUACGGUGAAAUUGCCGGGUUGAUGGUUCAGCUGUUUUAGUAUUGAGAGAGAAUUUUUGACGUAUAGUGGCGUAUCUAGAACGCUCGUGUGUUUAUCUCUGUGUGAGGAUGAAACGCUUGAAAUUAUAGAUCUUAUUACAUUUAAUUCAGCGUCUGAUUUCACAUAAUGUUGAAAGUGUUUAAUUUCACAGUAGCAGCUUACGACGAGUCUUCUGUUUUCUUAUGACCGGGAACUGAAAGUGUGCAGAAAUGAAAUCUGCCUUAAUUCUAUAUUUCAUGUUGCAACUUCGAACGAAGAGGAGUGGUGGUUAUUGGGGGUCGUGCUGCAGUAUAUAAGCUGCGAUCGGCGCAAGAGCCCCACCAGUUACACUAAGUUGCCGGUGAGUGAAGGGACAGUUCGAGAUGUCCUUCGAACAAAAUUCCCUGGUAAUCCCCAUCACGAUUGACGAGGAUCAUCUCAUCGAUGGAGCAUUCUCCGUGCUGCAACAUAUUCGUUCAUCAUGGAGCAGAGACAAAAUAAAGUUCAAGGUGUUUUACUGAUGGUAUUACCAACAAACUGGUGGGGUGCUUCUAUGGUGACUGUCCUGACGAUUGUGGUUCUUGUAAGAGUAUAUGGCCAGAAGACAGAUCUCCUAAUAGACAGACAUGCAGAAACACGGAAUAUUCAGCUACUUCAUGCUGCAGGCUAUGCCCCGCAAUUGUAUGCCACAUUUGAUAAUGGUCUGGCAUAUGAGUAUGUGUCGGGGGAUGUCCUUACAGUGGACACUUGUCAUCAUAUAUCUGUUUUUCCCUUGGUGGCACGUAUGAUGGCGAACAUGCAUCGUCUUGAUUGUGGUCCAGGAGUACCUAGGCGCCCUGCCUUAUGGUCUAAGGUGCGGCAGUUCAUGGACAUCAUGCCAACAAAGUUUGAAGAUCCUGCAAAGCAAACUAGAUUUGAAGAGCUCAUUCCUCCGAAGAAGAAAUUGGAAGAAGAAUUUGAAAAUUUAAAGUUACAGUUGACACGUCUGAACAGUCCAAUUGUGUUUUGUCACAAUGAUUUACUGCUUGGAAAUGUCAUCUAUAAUGCUGAAAAGAACUCUGUUACCUUCAUAGAUUAUGAGUAUUCCAGCUACAACUAUCAAGCCUUCGAUAUUGGAAACCAUUUUGCAGAAUUUGCAGGAGUGUCAGAUGUGGACUUUGGCCGAUAUCCAAGUGAGGACUUCCAGCGUCAGUGGAUUAGUGUGUAUCUGGAAGCAUUUGAAGAUCGUGAGCCUACAAGUGAUGAAGUUGAGCAGCUCCUUGUUCAUGUCAAUAAAUUUGCUCUUGCAGCACAUUUCUUAUGGGCUGUCUGGUCCCUUAUACAGGCUGAGCAUUCCUCUAUUGAUUUUGACUUUCUUGGAUACUCCUCAAUAAAGUUGAAAGAAUAUUUUGGCAAGAAAGAAAAGUUCCUGAACAUGGAGUUUCCUAAUUCAUGAUGAUAACUGUGAAUUACUUGCACAGGUGUGCAGCUAUGGUUGUUUCACUUAUAGAAGUCAGAAGACACAAAAAAAAGAAACUUGAAACACUGGGGGCAAUAUUUUUUUAAUACUUCAUCUUAACAUGUGAUAACUGGUGUGAUGAUGAAUAAAGGACGUUCUAUUGAGAGCAUUCUCUCUCUCUCUCUCUCUCUCUCUCUCUCUCUCUCUCUCUCUCUCUCUCUCU